AUUGUGACUUCAGCAUUAGAGUGGAUUUUUUUUUUUUUUAAAUGAAGUUCUGUCUCCAUCUCCUGCACCUGAGUCCACCUCUGCCUGCCACACAGCUGAUGUGUCAGCACUGAGCUCUCUUUGCUUCAAAAACAUGCUUGUGUUUCGAAAUUUUAGUCACUUGAUCAAGUAGUAUUUUAAGGCUGUUGGUUGGUGCAACUUUAACUCUUAUUGCCAUCAGAAUCAUCUGGAUGAUCGAUCAGUCUCAGUGAACAAAAAUAUUAAGUAUCUUAUCUGUGGACUGUGUUCAAAAUGCAGAGCAAAGUUUAAAAAGACCACUGUGAGAGGCUUAAACAAACUUGCCGUUCCUUCCACAGUUAACCGCAUUGGCCUGUCAGCAUGAGUCAUGUGGUCUGUCUCAGGCCUUUUAUGAAUUCCACUUCUGUCCUGCUGUAACCCGAUAACAGAAAGGACACAGUCACGCCCAUGCAGGAAAUGGGUGUGUUUGUUUAAACCUCAGAGCACAGAGUUAUAUCCAGCUGAACUACUCAGCCAGUUUGCAGUGAGACUCUCAGGCAGGAACAAUGUUCCUUCUACUGGUCUUAGGUGUUGUUAUCGGUGUUGCUUACAUUUAUCGUGAGAUCAUAGUGAAGGGAAAGAAAUGCACAAGCAAAACAAAGCUGCAUGGGAAAACUGUGAUCGUGACUGGCAGUAACACAGGUAUAGGGAAGACCACAGCCAUAGAUCUGGCUAAAAGAGGAGCCAGAGUGAUUCUGGCCUGUCGCAGCAAGCAGCGAGGAGAGGCUGCUCUUGAGGAAAUCAGCAGGGUGAGCGGCAGCAGUCAGGUGGUGUUCAUGCAGCUCGAUCUGGGGAGUCUAAAGUCUGUUCGCAGCUUUGCUGAAAACUUCCUGAAGUCAGAACCCCGACUGGACAUCCUCAUCAAUAACGCGGAUGAAUACAGAAAUCGGUCAUUGAGUCUGCAUUUUUUGGGAAUCAGGAUUCUGCUGUCCGCAGAUACAGGGAAUGGUGUUCACAUGCAGGGUCGCACAGAGGACGGACUGGGGCUGAUGUUUGGUGUCAACCACGUUGGUCACUUCCUGUUAACCAACCUGCUGCUGGAACGGCUGAAGGAGUGCGGACCAAGUAGGGUGGUCAAUGUGUCAUCUACGGCACACAACUUUGGAAAAAUAGAUUUUGACUGCUUGAACACACACAAAGCUCUGGGACUGGGGACUUCAUUCAUGGAGGUCCUUCAGUACUACUCUGAUAGCAAGUUAUGCAAUGUCCUCUUCACCCAUGAGCUGGCCAAGAGACUGCAGGGUACCAAAGUCACCUGCUACAGCCUCCAUCCAGGAGCUAUCAACUCUGAACUAUCCAGGAGCCAAAGCUCGGUACUGAAAUUUUUCCUUAAGCCCAUCACUGUUUAUUUCUUCAAGAACACUGAGCAGGGAUGCCAGACCACCCUGCAUUGUGCCCUCCAGGAUGGAAUCGAACAUCUUAGUGGGCAUUACUUCUCCAACUGCACAGUGAGAGAAGUCUAUGACAAAGCCAAGGAUGAUGCAGUAGCAAAGAAGCUGUGGGAGCUCAGUGAGAGACUGUGUGGCCUUGCAUAAAAACAGAUUUCUACUGAAUUCAAGAUUUCAGGUUUUCCUUGUUUCUGUAAUAAUUAUAGGUAAAGGCUUUACCUGAGUUUUAAAGGGUUUGCUGGCAUUUCCAAACGGCCCUUCACUGUCCCUACCCUCCUCUCAACCAGACAAGAGCCAGUCUGACUAGAUGGAUUAUCAGUUACUAUGAUUAAUUUGUUUUUACAGCACUGUUCAGAUGGUCACAUUGGUAAUUAUUCUGUGUACCGCGUGCAUUUGUUGUGUACACUUAGACAAGGCUAUGUCUGACUAUAUAGUUCAAAGAUGUAAUAAAACCUAAGAGAGUGACUAGUUUAUUUCUGAGUGACUGAUAUGAAUAAAAGUGAACAAAGAA